AUGUUUUACUAUCUCUCUUUUCUCCGUCCGCCGCCCUUGCAGGCUGCUCCGUUUGGCACGAUCCCAGUUACACCUCAGGUCGCGAACGAUUUACGCACCGAACUGUACGGCGAUUCUCAGGAGAUCUUCUAUGCUUGGUCUUACCCGCCCCGCGCGAAUGGCGCAUCCAAUGCUUUCCCGGAGAUUACCAAGCCUCAGAAACUGACCAUUUGGCGGCAGGGGAGUGCUUACAAGGAGAUUCCCGUCCCACUCCCUUCUGGGAUUCGAGAGGGACAGCUAUGCCGCCUCGUCCUCACCGCACAUCCACAGGGCUUUCCACACGUUAUAAAUCUGGAGUCGUUGAAGCUCGGAGAACGCCCAUUGCCCGUUAUGUCUAUGCCAAUACUCUUUAGUGCUCGCAGCCUGCAUCCGAAAGGUAAAACUGGAGCCCCGACCGCCGGAAAGCAGGAGCAGGUCGAGCGGAUCUACAGAAUACCGACAGGUCCUCAACAACAAGUUUUCAUAUCUGUCAAGGAACAGACGUCUUUUGACCUGGAUAAAAAAGUGUGGGAUAGUGGUAUUGGUCUAAGCUCGUGGAUAGUGGGUUUGGCGCACGGAGAUUCUGACGGCGACAUCCCUCCUCUUUUGAUUGAGUUAAGGGAUGCCUUACUAUCCCCCCAACCUCGCCGCAUCGUGGAGUUAGGUGCUGGUACGGGCAUUGUAUCCAUAGCGCUGGGGGCUCUCCGCUCCGCAACUCAUCCUUCAGACGAAGGCUGCAUUAUCACUACUGACUUAGCGUCAGCCAUGCCACUUCUCGAACAUAAUAUCGCUACAAAUAAUGCGGUAUAUCCGUCAUCAUCCUCGCAUCCCAACGCAGUGGUCCUGGACUGGGACGAAGAACAGCUACCGGACGAGGUCUUGGGUGUUGCCGGCGGGUUUCAUGCAAUAAUAAUGGCUGAUGUAACUUACAACACAUCUUCGUUUCCACCACUCAUCCGCACAUUGUCGAAACUGAUCAAACUGGGAUCGACGUCUGAGUGGCGGAGGCCGCUCAUUCUUCUAGGCUACAAAGAGCGAGAUCCGGCAGAGCGUUCUCUGUGGGAGAUGUCAAAAGAUAUUGGGGUGAAUUUUGUGCAGGUCGGAGAAAGGCAUGGUGCAGGAGGCGAAGUAGUCGAGGUGUGGAUAGGAACAAUGCAAUGA